AUGGCUCAAUUGAUUGUCCUUGUGGACAUUAACCGUGAGAGUGUCGCCGCUACCUGCGAAUUAUUUCCCCGCGUGUUUGCAUUAAACAAAAGCAAUAAAAUCAACACCAAACGUGCCUAUAUAAACAACAUUAUCUUUCGAUGUAAGUACUGUCAUCUUACGAUUGCCACCAGAGCAACAAGUCGGUUUUCCUCUCAUUCUCGUUUGAAGAUGAAAUUCGUUUUACUCUUCGUCACGUCCGUCCUCUCCGUCAGCACUCACCAAUAUCUGCAUACAACUCCGGCAGGAUUGGUUUGGUUGUCGCCUUACAUGUCGAAACAGAAGCCCGUUCUUCACAAGUACCAGCAAGUGUUUUACGAGCCAGUGGAUACCGACGUGCCCUACUUCCGCUAUUCAAAACCUCUGCAUCCCGCCGUCACCUACCAUCAGCAAAAAGACGAGCAAUUCGAAUACGAUGAUGCGCAUCAUGACGACAUCAACGAAGUGUUUGUGGACAGUCAGUCACGAAGCAAAGGGUCCCAAUUACAAGAGAAAUCGAAUCCGCGAUUUUUCUUCGGCACGGCCACCACAAUUAGAAACCCGUUCAUCAAAACGGCAACGUUCACAUUAUUCACGACCAUCUCUUUGAGCAGCGUUGUCAGUUGCAUCGUCGCCGGGGAUUUCGUCGACGCUGCCGCCCAAGCCAAACCCUGUCGUCGUAAACGCGACCUCGUCCAUCAACCGGAUCAAACAAACGAACAGUAUUUUAUCUCUCCAUCCGAACCUCAAAAGUUCACGGCCACGGCAGUUCCGUACCCGUCAGACUUAAUGCGUGACAAACGCCAAUUGCCCAUUUUUCAGGGGACAUCGUUGUGGAAUAAGGACAUUAUCGAGUCGACCAAAGAAGAGAAUGACGUCAGCUAUUUUUGGCCGACGAAGAACCGCAAAGAGCAACGAUUUCUUUUCGAUAAUUCACAUUACGUGGCGUCGACGACGGUGACAUCGUACAAUUUCGUUUCGACCACCGUGACCAAAACGGUGGACGUAGCCAUCGAUGUCGGACUUAAUUGCGUUCCAACCGGCUACGUGGUUUGCUAGAACAUUUCUGUUUUUUUUCUUUUACAAGUCAAACAAAAACAUUUUUCAGUCCAAUUUUAUUCAAUUAAGCUGGAUGGAGGAAGGGGGGUGAUGGAAUUACGGUUUUACAAUAUAUAUACGACCUCUUUGUUGAUUAAAAAAAUAUAUAUAGUACAUACCAUUCUGA